AUGCCCAACAGCAGCUCCAUCACCCAGUUCCUCCUCCUGCCGUUCACAGACACACGGGAGCUGCAGCUCUUGCACUUCUGGCUCUUCCUGGGCAUCUACCUGGCUGCCCUCCUGGGCAACGGCCUCAUCAUCACCACCAUAGCCUGGGACCAGCACCUCCACACCCCCAUGUACUUCUUCCUGCUCAACCUCGCCCUCCUCGACCUGGGCUCCAUCUCCACCAUUGUCCCCAAGUCCAUGGCCAACUCUCUGUGGGACACCAAGGUCAUUUCCUAUGGAGGGUGUGCUACACAACUCUUUCUGUUUGUCUUUUUAGUUUCAGCAGAGUUUUACCUUCUCACCAUCAUGUCCUACGACCGCUACGUUGCCAUCUGCAAACCCCUGCACUACGGGACCCUCCUGGGCAGCAGAGCUUGUGUCCACAUGGCAGCAGCUGCCUGGGCCACUGGGUUUCUCUAUUCUCUGCUGCACACGGCCAAUACAUUUUCACUGCCCCUGUGCAAGGGCAAUGCCCUGGGCCAGUUCUUCUGUGAAAUCCCCCACAUCCUCAAGCUCUCCUGCUCAUUCUCCUACCUCAGGGAACUUGGGCUUAUUGUGGUUAGUGCCUGUUUAAUAUUUGGGUGUUUUGUGUUCAUUGUGGUGUCCUAUGUGCAGAUCUUGAGGGCCGUGCUGAGGAUCCCCUCUGAGCAGGGACGGCACAAAGCCUUUUCCACCUGCCUCCCUCACCUGGUUGUGGUCUCCCUGUUUGUAAGCACUGGCGUGUUUGCCAACCUGAAGCCCCCCUCCAUGUCCUUCCCAAGCCUGGAUCUGCUGGUGUCUGUUCUGUACUCGGUGGUGCCUCCAGCAGUGAACCCCCUCAUCUACAGCAUGAGGAACCAGGAGCUGAAAGUGGCACUGAAGAAGCUGAUUCAGUCAUUUUUCUGUCGGCAACAAUAA